AUGGAAAGAGUCAACAGUACAUUGUUGACUGAGUUCAUCCUGACAGGAAUUCCCUACCCACUCAGGCUAAGGACAUUUCUUUUUGUGUUCUUUUUGCUGAUCUACACCCUGACUCAGCUGGGGAACCUGCUUAUUCUAAUCACUGUCUGGGUGGACAAGCAGCUCCACACCCGUCCCAUGUACAUCUUUCUUGCCAUUCUCUCCAUCCUUGACAUGGGCAUCUCUACCAUUAUUGUCCCUCGUCUCAUGAUGAACUUCACUUUAGGUGUCAAACCCAUCCCAUUUGGUGGUUGUGUCGCUCAGCUCUAUUUCUAUCACUUCCUGGGCAGCACCCAAUGCUUCCUCUAUACCCUGAUGGCCUAUGACAGGUACUUGGCAAUAUGCCGGCCCCUGCGCUACCCGGUGCUCAUGAAUGCUAAGCUGAGUAUCUUGUUUGCAGCUGGAACUUGGGUGGCAGGAUCCAUCCAUGGGGCUGUCCAGGCCAUCCUAACCUUUCAUCUACCCUACUGUGGGCCCAACCAGGUAGAUUACUUCUUCUGUGACAUCCCUGCAGUUUUGAGGCUGGCCUGUGCUGAUACAACAGUCAACGAGCUGGUGACCUCUGUGAACAUCGGAGUGGUGGUUGCCAGUUGCUUCUCCCUGAUCUUCCUCUCCUACGUACAGAUCAUUCUAGCCAUCCUGAGAAUCCGUAUGGCUGAUGGGCGGCGCCGAGCCUUUUCCACCUGUGGAGCCCAUGUAACCAUGGUAACCGUGUACUAUGUGCCCUGUGCCUUCAUUUACCUGAGGCCUGGAACCAACAACCCCCUGGAUGGGGCAGCUGCCCUGUUCCCCACAUCCAUCACUCCUUUUCUCAACCCUUUCAUCUAUACUCUGCGGAACCAAGAGGUGAAGCUGGCCCUGAAGAGAAUAAUAGGAGGCCCUGGGACUAACAGUGAUGUUUGA